UUGACAGGACUGUUACAUUGGCCAGAAAUUAUCUUCCACUCCAUCAUUCACACAGAUGCCCCAGGAGAGCUGUUUAUAAUGCAGCUCAUGCCCUAAUGAAAACCUUCAGUGCCUUCCCGUCACACCCAAGAGAAAGUCCAAGCUCUCCAAAUGGCAGUUACAUCACCACAAUUGGAGUGGAUUUCAAGAUUCGGACCGUGGAGAUCAACGGGGAGAAAGUGAAGCUGCAGAUCUGGGACACGGCUGGGCAGGAGCGUUUCCGCACCAUCACCUCCACGUAUUAUCGGGGAACCCAUGGGGUCAUCGUGGUUUAUGACGUCACCAGUGCCGAGUCCUUUGUCAACGUCAAACGGUGGCUUCACGAAAUUAACCAGAACUGUGAUGAUGUGUGUCGAAUAUUAGUGGGGAAUAAGAAUGAUGAUCCCGAGCGGAAGGUGGUGGAAACAGAAGAUGCCUACAAAUUCGCCGGGCAGAUGGGGAUCCAGCUGUUUGAGACCAGCGCCAAGGAGAAUGUCAACGUGGAAGAGAUGUUCAACUGCAUCACAGAGCUGGUCCUCCGAGCAAAGAAAGACAACUUAGCGAAACAGCAGCAGCAGCAACAGAACGAUGUGGUGAAGCUCACGAGGAAUAGUAAACGAAAGAAACGCUGCUGCUAAUGCCACACCCAGCCCACUGCAGAGACUGCACUGCGGCCACUCCCUGGCCCGAGGCCUGCAGGGCUUCUCGGGGGACAGUCUCAGUUUCGUGCCGUUAUUUAAGAAUUCUCUCCACGUUUUUGUAUCUGGAGGCGCCAUCGGCACUUCCUCCCCUCCCCCUCAAGUACCAAGAAGGUGUUGGACAACCUGCCCUUCCCUUCUGGUGCCCCUGGCCCCUGGCCAAGGCGCCUGGGCCCAGCGAGGACGCUGCCAGCGAGCGGACUGAUUAACCAGUUUGUACAUAAUGUAUAUUGCUUUAACCGGCCGUGUCACCCUCGUCCUGCUCUGGCUUUGCCUCCCUAACGCCAGCCUGCUGCAACAGACCCUCCCUCCCCAGCCGCUCUGCCCGCCAGCAGCUUCCUGAGGAGAAAGGAUCGCCACGUCUUUUGCCAACCUGGGCUGGUGGAGUGGGCUCCACGUUCCUCAUUCUCUCCUGCAGGCCGUCGUUGACUUCUGUACUGGCAGGUAGUGGCUCACCAUCUUCAGAGCCUGUGCCAUCUGUGCUCCCAGCCCCU